CAGUGGUCCCAGGCUGCGCCCAUGGCAGAAGGAGAGCAGAAUCGCCACCAAGUGGUGAAGUUUAUGGACGUCUACCGGCGCAGCUACUGCCAUCCGAUCGAGACCCUGGUGGACAUCUUCCAGGAGUACCCUGAUGAGAUCGAGUACAUCUUCAAGCCGUCCUGUGUGCCCCUCAUGCGAUGCGGGGGCUGCUGCAACGAUGAGAGCCUGGAGUGUGUGCCCACCGAGGACUUCAACAUCACCAUGCAGAUUAUGCGGAUCAAGCCUCACCAAGGCCAGCACAUAGGAGAGAUGAGCUUCCUACAGCAUAGCCAAUGUGAAUGCAGACCAAAGAAAGAUAGAGCAAGGCAAGAAAAAAAAUCAGUUCGAGGAAAGGGAAAGGGGCAAAAACGAAAGCGCAAGAAAUCCCGGUAUAAAUCCUGGAGCGUGUACGUUGGUGCCCGCUGCUGUCUCAUGCCCUGGAGCCUCCCCUGGCCCCGUCCCUGUGGGCCUUGCUCAGAGCGGAGAAAGCAUUUGUUUGUACAAGAUCCGCAGACGUGUAAAUGUUCCUGCAAAAACACAGACUCGCGUUGCAAGGCGAGGCAGCUUGAGUUAAACGAACGUACUUGCAGAUGUGACAAGCCAAGGCGGUGAGCUGGGCAGGAGGAAGGAGCCUCCCUCAGGGUUUCGGGAACCAGACCUCUCACCAAGGAAAGACUGAUGCAGAAUGAUGGAGACCGAAGCCACGCUGCCGCCACCACAUCGCCAUCACCAUCGACAGUCCUUAAUCCAGAAACCUGAAAUGAAGGAAGAGGAGACUCUGCGCAGAGCACUUUGGGGUCGGAGGGCGAGACUCCGGCAGAAGCAUUCCCGGGCGGGUGACCAAGCACGGUCCCUCUUGGAAUUGGAUUCGCCAUUUUAUUUUUCUUGCUGCUAAAUCACCAAGCCCGGAAGAUUAGAGUUUUAUUUCUGGGAUUCCUGUAGACACACCCACCCACAUACAUACAUUUAUAUAUAUAUAUAUAUAUAUAUAUUAUAUAUAUAAAAAUAAAUAUAUAUAUUUUAUAUAUAUAAAAUAUAUAUAUUCUUUUUUUAAAUUAACAGUGCUAAUGUUAUUGGUGUCUUCACUGGAUGUAUUUGACUGCUGUGGACUUGAGUUGGGAGGAGAAUGUCCCUACCCAGAUCCCAACAGGGAAGAGGACGGGAUGAGAGACUCUGGCGUGAUCUUUUCUGACCCUCUUGUAGGGGCCAGGGUCCUCUCCCCUGCCCAGGAACGUGCAAGGCCAGGGCACGGGGGCAAACAUGACCCACUUUUGGGAACACCGACAAACCCAGCCCUGGCCCCAAGCCUCUACCCCGAGUCAAAUGGACAGAAAGACAGAUGACAGAUACAGGGACGAGGACGCUGGCUCCGACUAGGAGCUUGGGGAGCUUCAGGACAUUACUGUGCUUUGGGGAUCCCCUCCACAUGCUGCAUGGGCAUCUUGCCCCCGGGGGCAUUGUCCAGAAGAUUUAAGAGCCUGGGCGGCCUUCAGCCACUCUCACCUGCUUCCUAGUUGCCCGGAGGCCACUGACAGAUGUCCCUGCGGAGAGAAGAGACAUUGGUGGAAGAAGCGGCCCGGUGACAGCUCCUCCUCCUGGGACCCACCCUCAUCCUGUUCCUGCUCCCCUUCCUGGGGUGCAACCCAGGAGGACCCGAUGUCCUCAGACCAUUGAAACCACUAGUUCUGUCCCCCAGGAGACCUGGCUGUGUGUGUGUGAGUGGUGAACCCUCCUCACCCCCAACCUUCCCUUCCUGAGGCACAGAGAGACAGGGCAGGGUCCACGUGCCUGUCGUGGAGGCAGAGAAAAGAGAAAGUGUUUUAUAUACGGUACUUAUUUAAUAUCCCUUUUAAAUUAGAAAUUAAAACAGUUAAUUUAAUUAAAGAGUAGGGUUUUUUCAGUAUUCUUGGUUAAUAUUUAAUUUCAACUAUUUAUGAGAUGUAUCUCUUGCUCUCUCUUGCUCUCUUAUUUGUACUGGUUUUUGUGUAUAAAAUUCAUGUUUUCAAUCUCUCUCUCCCUGAUUGGUGACAGUCACUAGCUUGUCCUGAACAGAUAUUUAAUUUUGCUAACACUCAGCUCUGUCCUCCCCUUUCCCCUGGCUCCCCACCACACAUUCCUUUGAAAUAAGGUUUCAACAUACAUCUACAUACUAUAUAUAUAUUUGGCAACUUGUGUUUGUGUGUGUGUGUGUGUGUGUGUAUAUAUAUAUAUAUGUUUAUGUAUAUAUGUGAUUCUGAUAAAAUAGACAUUGCUAUUCUGUUUUUUAUAUGUAAAAACAAAACAAGAAAAAAUAGAGAAUUCUACAUACUAAAUCUCUCUCCUUUUUUAAUUUUAAUAUUUGUUAUCAUUUAUUUAUUGGUGCUACUGUUUAUCCGUAAUAAUUGUGGGGGAAAAGAUAUUAACAUCACGUCUUUGUCUCUAGUGCAGUUUUUCGAGAUAUUCCGUAGUACAUAUUUAUUUUUAAACAACGACAAAGAAAUACAGAUAUAUCUUAAAAAAAGCAUUUUGUAUUAAAGAAUUUAAUUCUGAUCUCA